AUAGCAAACAUGAAUAUGGAGCAUGACAAUGAUUUUUCCACUUCUUGUGCUAAAGUAGAUGACAGCAUGAGAGAUUCUGGAGGGCAAGCCAAGGUAGAUAAUGAACCAGCUUUAAGCGAAAGAACUAUGCAAAAUCAGGAAUCAAAUGGUAUUCCCAAACCUAGCUCUGAUCAUAAAUAAGUCUGACUUGGAAUCCCUGAUGCAAAAUAAUAGCCAGAUGAGUGAGAAGAUUACCAAGUACAAGGAGUUCAGGUCAAGAUUGCAUCAUCCGAGCGAGUACCUUCUAGAGUCAAACAUUCAGAAAUCAUUUAGGAAUACCCAUAAGAGUGAUGCUGGUAUGAAACGAGAUUUAAGAGAAAACUCUUCACACGAACGUAAGAGCAUGCCUCCUCUUAUUGAGAUUUCUUUCUCCCAGUUUGAUUUGAUGAUAUAGAGAAGAGAAUGAUCUGCAGAAUCCGAGAGAUUAAUAGCAAUCCCUUGUAUAAGGACCUCAGUAUAGAGGAAAAAUAAAGAAAUGAUGAAAUCUAAUGUUCCUCUAAACCUUAUACGUCAGUUUGAGAAGAAAGAGGAGUCUGAAGGCUCUGAACAUGAAGAGGUCAAAAAGUCAGAAAUUGACCUUAUGAAGACAAGUGUAGCUGACCUUAACAAAAGUCUGAGCACUUUUAGGAGAAGUUUUGUUAAUUUCACUAGUAACAAGAAACUUCCGAGAUCCAUCAGUCCUUCACGCAGAGACCCUUCUGCUGAUAACAAAAAGAUCGGAAGGGCAAGCGCUAUGAAAGACAGGACACCCCCAUCAAGGGAUUUGAAAGUUGGACAGAAUGCUUUUAGCAAUCCAGACCUUGAGAGAGGAUCAAGAGGAACUAUACAAAGAGCCAGAGCUGGGGGUAAUUUUCCUGUAUCAUCUCUAUAGUAUAUUAUUCAUAACAUCUUACAGAAAAUUACUCCUCCUCCUUUAUCU